AAGAAAAAAAAGCCCCUGCUUGGACUGCCCUCCUCUGCCGUCGCUACCUUGCAGUUUGUGACAUCCAAAUAGUGGGAGGUCUGACAAACCGAACGAGGCAGUGAGCAAGAAAUUCCAUUCCUGUUGAAAUCAGUAAUUCCUCCUUGCUGGCUGCUUUUCCUCGUGUGCGUGCUUUCUUCUGUGUCACUGUGUGCGAAGGGCUUCGCUAUUAUUAUUAUUUUAAAUAUAGCUUGCCCCGGGGCGGGGGAAUCGCACAAGGAAAGAGCCGGCGAGCAGCCUAUCUCUCAGAAGAAAAGAGAGAGCCUCGCAGCGCAGGAGCUGGCUUCACUCGAGUGUGCAGUUUAGAAGUCAAAACAAAACAAAACAAAACAAGCAAACCAAAAGAUUUAUUCCAAAUGCCACCGUUUUGGAGGAGGCUGAAGAAAAAGAACCCCAAACUGGCUAAAUGCUGAAGGAUGCAGUCAGACAGGGGCACAGAGCGAAGCCAAACGCAGUUUGAGCAUGGGCUCUAAAGUGCAAUGUAAGUCUCUCUUAAAUUGUCUUGUUUUGUUUUGUUUUUAAAUCGUAGUAUCUGUUUUUUUCUUUUCCAUUUUGGCUGGGCCAAAAGCUACAGUUAGUGACAAAAAUCAGCGUGGGGCAUAACUUGUAAUCUGGAGCUGAAAAUGAUCCUGAAAUGCAACAGAAGUCAGAGACUAUCAGGCGUAUUGUGGAAGAUGCACUAUAAAUAAGAGCAUAUCUAAUUACUUCAAGAGAAAGAUGCUGGACAGAAUCUUUAAUCAACUUUCUUAACAGGGAAGCAAGAGCUCUGCUGUUUUGUAUGGCAAGCUAUUUUAAUACUGCUGUGUUCAAAAUUGUGUGAUUACAGUUACCAAUAGCAAUAAGAUGUAGCUCCAGAGGGGAGUCCUAGCGGCUGCAAAAGUUUUUUCUCUCUUAUUUCUACAAUAUUUUUGCUCUCUCAAGCCUCGAGUCCACGGUCUCUACCCUCCAGUUUGGCUUCGCUUUUUACAUGGGUUUUCAGUGCCAACUCUGGACUUCCUAUGGAACAGAAAACAAAACAUUUCGGCAUUUGGAGUAAUUCUGGUAUGUUUUUCUACAUCGUGCUAAUGGUAAAAAUGCAGUUGACAAAGGAUUGGGCUCCACCAACUUCUGCCACGGACAGCUGAGAAAUGCAAAGCCUGAUGGUGACGAAGGGUGACCAUUUCCUACUUUUCACCAUUUAUCUCACCAAUUUCGGACUUAGCAAUGGAUACCCUUUGUGACGAGGAAAGCUCCGUGAACCCAACUGCAAACUCCUUAAUGCAAAUAAAUCAUGAGAGGAGACUCUACAGAAACGUUUAUGGACCGGGAGAGACUAAUGUGUCACAUUUCUGUAACUUGACUGCAGACUCCGAAAACCUGACCAAUCUUUCAUGUGAAAGUCCACCGUGCUACUCUUCCCUCUUUCAGCUCUCAGAGAAAAACUGGCCAGCUCUGCUGACAGUGAUAGUGAUUGUUUUAACCAUUGCUGGGAAUAUUCUUGUCAUCAUGGCUGUGUCACUGGAGAAAAAGCUGCAGAAUGCCACUAACUAUUUUCUCAUGUCACUUGCAAUAGCUGAUAUGCUGCUGGGUUUCCUUGUCAUGCCCGUGUCAAUGUUAACCAUACUGUACGGAUACACGUGGCCUCUGCCUAGGAAGCUCUGUGCCAUUUGGAUCUACUUGGACGUGCUUUUCUCCACUGCCUCCAUCAUGCACCUCUGUGCCAUCUCAUUGGAUCGUUACAUUGCCAUUCGAAACCCCAUCUACCACAGCCGGUUUAACUCAAGAACAAAGGCUUUUGCAAAAAUAAUCGCUGUUUGGACCAUAUCAGUUGGUAUCUCCAUGCCUAUCCCAGUCUUUGGACUACAAGAUGACUCCAAAGUGUUUAAGAAAGACCACUGCCUUCUUGCAGAUGAGAAUUUUGUCCUAGUAGGCUCCUUUGCAGCAUUCUUCAUCCCUCUAACCAUCAUGGUGGUCACUUAUUUUUUAACUAUCAAGUCGUUGCAGAAAGAAGCCAUGCUGUGCGUGAAUGACGUUGGCCCAAAGACCAGGUUUGCUUCUUUUAGUUUCCUCCCUCAGAGCUCCCUUUCUUCAGAGAAACUCUUCCAGCGUUCUUUGAACAGGGACCUGGGGACCUCUGGGAGGAGAACCAUGCAAUCCAUCAGCAAUGAGCAGAAGGCUUCCAAGGUCCUUGGCAUUGUCUUUUUUCUGUUUGUUGUGAUGUGGUGCCCGUUUUUCAUCACCAAUGUGAUGGCUGUAAUUUGUAAGGAGUCGUGCAGUGAAGAAGUCAUUGGUGGGCUACUUAACAUAUUCGUUUGGAUUGGGUACCUUUCUUCAGCUGUCAACCCACUCGUAUAUACGUUGUUCAAUAAGACGUACCGCUCAGCCUUCUCUCGUUACAUUCAGUGUCGCUACAAGGAGGAGAAGAAACCUUUCCAGCUGAUUUUAGUGAAUACUAUCCCAGCGCUUGCGUAUAAUUCUAGCCAGCUCCACCUGGCUCAAAUGAAGAGUUUGAAAAAAGAGGCAAAAUUGAUGACUAAGGAUUAUUCGAUGGUCACGAUAGGGAUACGCCAUGUGGAUGGUACCUCAAAGGGAAGCAUCAGUCCAGGGAACGAAAAGGUCAGCGGCGUGUGACUCUACCAGCUCUUGGCAGCUGCCAUGGCAACUCCAAUGUACACUGAGAAUUUCAUCUCGUGGUGAGAUGCCCUGAGAGUGCAAGAAUAUCAGCCCUGUUUGAGAGACCCUCCAGUAACAUCACAUACGCCUCAUGUUAUACUGUUGAUGAAAAGCAGGGUGGAAUGGUAUCAAAUGUGCAAUUUUUUUUCAUACAGUACUUUGGCUGUUUUAAGCACAGGCUUUAUUAAACUUAUUUUUUUAAUAAUAUAAGGGAUAUAUUUCUUAAAGAAAAAAAAAAAAUGCAAUUUCUGGUAUUAUAAUUAUGGGCUGCAAAGAAAUCUACGCAUUUCUUCUCUCUUUGCAAAUGAAAGCUAAGCUGUCCUUUGAUUUCCUUGCAGGGUAGGCUCCAGCUAGUUCAUCUUCCUGCAAUGGGAUUUUCUUACCAUUAACUGAAUGAGCACUUUAUGGAACUUUAAAU